GCGGCAGGUACAUCCAGACUGUGCCAGUCAAACCUGUUCGGCUUGUUGCACCUUUUAAUCCAUAAACAGCUCUGCCUGAUUCUAGAAACUUUGCUUGUUUAGAGUCACUAAUGAGAGAAUUGACAACCAAGAGGGAGAACAAUUCAUAUAAAAAAAGACAGCCGAAAGAUGUCUUCACAAAAGCAAAAAGUAUCGGCAAUAGCAUCGCCGUACCCGUACGCCGCAGCACCCGACAUCAUUCGCGCACACCAAAAAGAUGCAUACUUUUCAGGCGUGCUCACCAACCAACUGACCGACUUGCAUCGUCGAUUUCUGGGUGCUAGAUCUGCUCAUGCUUGGUCAGGAAAUGCGCGCACCACGGCUGAACUUGUUUAUCUAGCCUUGACCACUCUAAUUGGCAACCGGACACUAGGAGAGGAAUACUGUGACUUGGUUCAAGUAGAAGCCUCAGAGCCUGCACCUUUGUCAAUCCUCAGUGGAGGACCCAAACGUAGCAGCAGCGACGACGGGAACCAUGGCCGAGGCAUACCGGGCCCUAGACUCCCUUCCAUCACUCGACGGGCUGCCUACAUUACCCUAAGCAUUCUCAUUCCGCAUCUGUUCUCUCGCUUCAUGCCCACAAUACGUGCAGCUCUACGCCGCCGUCUGGAAGCGCGUCUGCAGACCCUAGCAGCCCGUGCUGGUCGCAAAGCACAAGCUUCCAACAAAGGCAAAGCUGGCGAGCCGCCGAAAAUGCCUCUCGAAGCCCACAUAGAGCGCUACAUCCUCGCGCAUCUCCCGGCACUGACGAGCGGUGGUCCCUGGCAGGCCGCUGCACUGGCGGCCUUUUACUUUGGUGGAGCGUAUUACGGUCUCGCGAAGCGCAUCGUCGGGCUGCGUUACGUCUUCACGCGAGACAUCACCGCCGGUGGAACACAAAACAACCGUGCCGGCUACGAGGUUCUAGGUGUACUGCUGGUGGUGCAAUUCACCGUCCAGGCCUACAUCAAUGCUCGUUCUCUUCUCGCUGCUACUGCCCAUACUUCAGCUUCAUCCCAACCCCGUAUCGAGCAGGAUGAAGAGAACGAGGCGACCCUGGAGGCAGACGCUGAAGAUGGGUUUGCUCUACGUGAGCCACAUCGCCACCCGCACACCUUUGGUGUCGAGGUCUCGUUGGACCACGCGCAUUCGUAUACAGCGAACAACUUUAUUCUGCUCCCAGGCGACGACCAAAACCAAGGGCCUACAGCCACAAUCGACAUAUCCAGGGCAACCCACACGCCCGUCAUGCCGCGAGGCGGGGCUCGCUACGACCUGGCCAACCCCAAGGUCAUGUGCUGGAUCAAGGGAGACCAGCAGAGGCGUUGUACAUUGUGCCUGGAGGGACUACGAGACCCCUCGGCAACUCCGUGCGGUCACGUUUUCUGCUGGUCAUGUAUCGGCGAUUGGGUUCGCGAGAAGCCGGAAUGUCCUCUUUGCAGGCGAGAGGCUUUAGUGCAGCACAUUCUACCUCUAAGGGCACCCAUUGCUGCAUGAAUCUAGUGAGGGCGGCAAACUAUACACUGAACUAGUAAUUAAUAUGUUGACGUUGCAUUGCGCUCUUGGCCUCAUAUUAUUCAGCUGCACGUCCUGGUACGACCUAGAGCUCCAUCCUUUUACUCCGAUUCUUGCUCCGACUGCAAGUUGGGCUUCCUCAGGAUCUUUAUAAAUCCAACCCAGAGCGCAAUAGACACCAUGGGGAAGACACCCAUAACAUAUAAGGAAAUGUUAUACCCCUUCUCUUGCGCAAUCCAGCCAGCCAGCACAGGGGACAGCGACGCCCCGACCCCCUGACAGGUCAUCACGGCGCCCAGUCCGACGUUCACCCUCCCAGAGUGACUCAACACCUGCGCAACGCUCCCUGGGGUGGCGACGCUCUGCAACCCGGCCCCGAUGCCAUCCAGCACCUGGACGGGCCACACGCCCCACGACUCUAUGAAGGUGCCCGCUAGCACGGUGCGCACCGGCAGCGAGCAAAAGGACACCAGAAUGAUGGGCCAGUAUCCAACCCCAUGGAGGACGGCGAGCCGCGACGCGGCAAGAGACAUGAUCACCAUGGUUCCCUGGGCCACCACCACGGUGACGCCUGUGAAUGAUGCCGGCUCUGCCUUGUGCGCGGCCACCACGGCCUGCCCGUAAAGCGGCAGCACUGCUGCGUUGCCCAGGUGAAAUGCCAGCAGUGCCGCGCCUAGCACGAGCAGCUCCUUGCACUGAAUCAGCAUCUUCCACGCCUUUGCGUGCUCUUCUCCUAGCUCUUGCGGGUGCGGGUGCGUCUGCGGCUGCGACUGAUGAUCCUGCUGGUCGGUCGCGGCCGCCUGGCCACCCCUUCCCGCGUUGGUUUUCUCCAACCCCCUAGCCGCCUGGUGAUCCACGGCGCCGGCCGGAAUGAGGGCGAUGGACACCAGUGUCACGAGACCAAACGCCCAUGAGAGGUAGAAAACGGCGCCCAUCCCGAAUCUGGAACCUAGGAUGGCUCCAAGACCGGCCUCUGCCAUGUUACCUGCGUGAUUCACGGCCUGUACGCGGCCGUUCAGGGUGUGAAACCCCUUCUGGCGCGCCACUCCGAGCGUCAACGCCACCAUGACGGGCAUCAAGGCCACUCCGGCGGCGGCAACAAUGAUUUGCGCAACAAACACGAGCUCCGUGGCGGACGGGGAGAGAAAUAUCAGCACAUUGGCCCCCAUGCAGAUUAUUGUAGACGCCGCAGCCAGCGACCGCUUAUAAGUCGUGGCGUCAAUCAGUGCUCCCAUCGGCGCUGUCAAUAACAUGGCCACGACGCCGCCCGUCGUCGAUACGGUGCCAAUAAGCCCCGGGCCCCAGCCGUGCUCCUGCAGGAAAACACCCAAGAACGGGCCCAGACCCGCCGAGACGUCUGCAAUGAAGAAGGACAGGAAGAGGAUCGCCCAUGUGGCCCGCUUCGUUCUCCGGUCUGACACGUCCGGUGGGGUUGAGGAGGACUGCAGCUCUGGGGCAGUGAUGAGGUUUGUUGCCGGGUCGCUGUUGAUGGUGGUUGUGGCAGUGGGCGUGAUGCAGUCUUGUGUUGCAGUGGCUGUUUUACAGUUUUCAAGUGUACCCUCCGUUGUCUUUUCCUUCUCUGUUGUUUGAGAAACAUCCGAGACUUCUUUUCCCUUUUCCUUGACGGGAGGCUCUAUAGCAUCCGGAUCCAGGGUCAGCAUCCCGUCCGUACUGGUUUGUGAAGUAGAUGUCAUCUUCCCCUUUUGAAACCGAAAUAGAAGAAAGACACCUAUUAUUAAAAACACAUGGGAAAUAAUUAUCAGG